AUGGCCAGAACCAAGCAGACCGCUCGUAAGUCCACCGGAGGCAAAGCCCCCAGGAAGCAGCUGGCCACCAAGGCCGCCCGGAAGAGCGCCCCGGCCACCGGCGGAGUGAAGAAGCCUCACCGCUACAGGCCCGGUACCGUGGCUCUGAGGGAGAUCCGCCGCUACCAGAAGUCCACGGAGCUGCUGAUCCGCAAGCUGCCCUUCCAGCGGCUGGUGAGAGAAAUCGCUCAGGACUUCAAGACCGACCUGCGCUUCCAGAGCUCCGCCGUCAUGGCCCUGCAGGAGGCCAGCGAGGCUUACCUGGUGGGGCUGUUCGAGGACACCAACCUGUGCGCCAUCCACGCCAAGAGGGUCACCAUCAUGCCCAAAGACAUCCAGCUGGCCCGCCGCAUCCGCGGGGAGAGAGCUUAGACCGUCUCCCCUCUAACCCACAACGGCUCUUUUAAGAGCCACCAACAUCACUACUAAAGAGCUGUUUCCAUCGAUCUCAUUAAUAGUUGCUACAUUGUUAC